AAAUAAAAUACCUUAGCAGGGAUUGGUACAGCAUUUUUUGCUAGCUAACACAUUUGUAGAGGAUUUUGAACAUAACGCAGAAAGCUUAACAGAUAACUUACCAUUUUCAAAGCACAAGAAAUAUCCAAACUUGAUCCAAACGUGAUCCAAACUCUUCUUCAACCGCGAAAAACAGGGGAAGGGAAUAUACGUAUCAGCUCCGUAGUUUGUAAUGAUUGGAAGCCUUAAGAGGAAGUAGGCGGAUGAUAAACACUGACUGGUGGAUAUUCAUGUCAAUCACUGAAGUGCCGUUGGAAUUCUGCGUCUGCUUAUUCUGCAUCCUCCUACCGAGAAAGAGAAAUAUGGCGGUGUUGCAGCGCGAGAUCUUAGGACGAAUUUAUUUUAGACAGUGCCCCAAAGAAGUCGACAAGUUUAUCAGGUGGUUGAUGAAACAAGGCCUUCUCCGAAAAUCGAUGAGAUGCCCUUCUUGCACUGAUGUCAUGAAAUGGAAGAAGUCCUACAGCAGAAAGGAGCCAGCAUGGGUAUGCCGUGAUUCAUGCCAUAAGGGAUCGGUCUCCAGGACAGUCCGAAGUGGCUCCGUGUUCGAGAAUUCUCAUGUACCCUUGCAAACAUGGAUGCAUUUCAUCUACAGAUUUGCUCAGGGUCUUCGCCUACGACAAGUGGACAUGAUGCAAGAGGGGAUUACUCAGAGCUCUGCAACGCUGACAAAACUUGCUGAUAAGCUGCGGAGGGUUUGCAAAGCUGCAAUGAACAGAAUGAGAAGAAGAGGCAAACAGACCAUUGGAAGAAGAGGGGAACUUGUUCUCAUAGAUGAGAGCAAAUUUGGUCAUAAAAGGAAGUACAACAGAGGAAGGGCAAGCAACAGGAGUUCCUGGGUUUUUGGAAUGCUCGGCAUUAAGGAGGCCAGGAGAAGACCCGUGCUCAAGAUAGUCCCUUACCGUUCAGCCGAUCAUCUCCUCCCCCUAAUAAAAAGGCACGUUCGACAGGGAAGCGCCAUCAUUUCAGAUGGAUGGAGAUCAUAUCACCGUCUUCAGGAUGAAGGUUACAAUCAUCUGACUGUUAACCACCAAGAAUGUUUUGUUGACCCUAUGACAGGUGCACAUACACAAAAUCUCGAGCGACUUUGGGGCAUUUGCAAAUCAACUAUAUGGAGAUUAAGAGGAAACCGAACACAAAAUUUAUUGAAAGAUCACUUGGAUGUAAUUGAGUGGACUUACUGGCGUGGAAACCAACACAGACAUGGACCACUGGGCAUGCUUUUACAUGACAUCCGAAAAAAAUAUCCUGUAUGAAAUAAAGUUGCAAAUUUGGGUCUGAUGAUCCAGUGUUUGAAAUCAAACCAGACACGGUGAAGCAGCAUCAAGUUUUUAUGCUGCACACAACUUGAACAAACUACCAGCAGCACUGAUAUCAGAAAGUCCUCUUAAUUGUUUUAAUGCAAAUCAAUCUUUCAUGCUGCAAACUCGUAUUAUAUGCUUUAUUUUAGUCUAGUUUUUAUUGUGUUGUGUAUAUGUAUAUAUAUGUAUAUAUAUUUUUUUGGUACUACUUUAAUGUAGUACAAGAAAAAACAUUGUAAAAAACAUUGUAUGUUUUUAUGCUGUUCUUUUUCUGAUUUCAUUUCUUACUGAUAAGGUUUUGUCUUUAUGUAAAGCACAUUCAGUUGCUCCUUGGUGUUAAAUUGUGCUGUAUAGAUAAAGAUGCCUUACCUAGUAUUGUUCAGUAAUGAAUGUGUAAUGGAGUCCUACGUAUCUUAUGUGUAUGUGUGACACUGCCUCUCUAAAAUGCCCUUGCAUUAUUUUACUAGUUGGCUAAUCAGCUGUGGAAUGUACUUCUGUUGUCUUUAGCAUAACUCAAAUUUACAGCUGUUUAUUGAUUUGUCCAUACUCAGUACCAAGAUAUAUAUAUAUAUUUUCGUAGUUGUGGUUGUACAAAUAUAGUAAACACUGUUCUAUUGUAAAUGCCAUUUUGAAUAUUGUUUUGAAAUGUCAAACUAGACCUGUCAGUUGUUUGGUUGUUUGACUGGGCUGGCCACUGGCUUCAAUUUGGACUCAUGCGGACAUAAUUAUGUUGUCCUUGAACAUGAAAGAGUCAUUUGCAUUGACCUGAGUCUUUGUAUUUAUUUUUGUUGAGCUGAAUGUAUGGCUUGACUGUUUACAGUUUAAAAUAAAUGUUCUUGUACUUGUACUAA